AUGGCCCGAGAGUUGCAGGCCGAGUUAAGCCCUAUGGCCGAGUGGGCACAAAGUGGGAGCAAGGCUUCGGUCGAUGCUUUGAUGAACAGCUGGUGCACCCGGCUGGAGAGCCUUGGCUCUCUGUCGUUAGGGCAAGCCAUGCAGAUGAAGCAGACGAUCCAGGAUCUGAGCUUCGAGAGCACCCUGUCAGAACGGUUGCUUGAAAAAGUUGAAGCCAAAGUUCUGGCAACGGCCACGGCUGCAACACCGCCGCCAGAUACUACAUAUACGCCUCACAAGCGAAAGGAGGAAAGCAAGCCGCAGACCUUGCUGAAGCCGGAAAACUUCAUCACGGUCACUGAGUGGUCUAUGCUGGAAAAGUCGCCAGCACCGGCAAGGCUGGAAAUCCUUCUGAAAAGGUAUCUGCAGCUGGGCCUGAGGAACCUCACAGAACAGACGGUCAAGAAAGGCCUGGCCUUCCUCUUGGCACUGGCAGCCGGCGAGCUCAGUCAGAUGCCGACAUAUGAAGAGAUCUACGAAGAGGUCCAGGUCUUCAAGAGAUCUUGGGAAUCCGUGAAAACGGAUGCAGAGCCGACUGAGGUCGGCCUGCUCACGUAUCCCGAUGACCCCAGCAGCUUGCCGAAGGCUCUGUUCGACCGAGCCUACAAGGCUGAGGACCCGCCCAUGGGCAAAGACGUGAGGGCUGGGAUCUGGCUAGCUCACAUUCCGAUGCGAUCUACUUCCAAGCUCUUGCAGAAGAACAAGAAGCAGAGGCUGCCGAGGCCAGAUGGCCAGGCCGCCGUGUCUGAGCAGCAUGCGAACGAGUUCCAGAGCCGCAUGGAGCAGUGCUUCGGGCGACUGGAAAGAAUGCUGGACCAGGGCUGCGGUCAGAAUGCCAUCCAGGAUGGUGGGCGAAGGGAGCUGCAGCUUGCUGCAGGCGCAAGCGAGCUGAGCAGCAGCAGUGCCGGGGUCGGCUUUGCUCUGGGCAACCCAGCCCAACCGGUUUCGGCUGCGACACAGCAGACCUCGCCAGGGCGACAGUCGGCCUUGCAGCUAGCCCUGCCUCCAGCCGAAGAACCCGAAGCAACGGAGUCGCUCCCUGCCGAGAACGAUCCCGAGGACGAAGCUUUGUUCAAGAAGCUCAAAGAUCGCAAAGCUGGGAUUCUGAAGAAGCCGGCCGCUGCAGCUGCAGCGAGUGGCCAAGGAAACUUGGCAAAGAACAAGACAAAAACGAAUGGCCAAGGCCAAGAUCCAAAGAAGAAGGGCAGCGGCAAAGGCAAAGGAAAGUCCAAGGACAAGAGUGCUUCGAAGAAAGGCCAAGGCAAAGCAAAGGAGCAGCAAGCCCAAGGCUCGCAUGGAAAGCGGAAGUUCCAAAUUGUCUGGGAGGACGGCUGCAUCCAGAAGAACUAUGCUUCUCGCAUGUACAAGCGAGCCGGAACGUGGGCAAAGCAGCAAGGCUUCUCGGAGCAGCAAGUGGUAGAGUGCCAGCGAGAGGCCCACAGAGAGGCCAUUCUGCUGUGGAAGAAGAAGAACGGCUGCUAA